GGUCUCCAACUUUGAGGAAGAACAUUCUUGCUAUUGAGGGAGUAAAGCACAGGUUCACAUGGUUAAUUCCCAGAAUGGCGGGACUGUCAUAUGUUGAAAGAUUGGAGUGACUGGGCUUGUAUACACUGGAAUUUAGAAGGAUGAGAGGGGAUCUGAUUGAAACAUAUAAGAUUAUUAAGGGAUUGGACACACUGGAGGCAGGAAGCAUGUUCCCGCUGAUGGGUGAGUCCAGAACUAGAGGCCACAGUUUAAGAAUAAGGGGUAGGCCAUUUAGAACAGAGAUGCGGAAAAACUUUUUCAACUAGAGAGUGGUGGAUAUGUGGAAUGCUCUGCCCCAGAAGGCAGUGGAGGCCAAGUCUCUGGAUGCAUUCAAGAGAAAGUUAGAUAGAGCUCUUAUAGAUAGCGGGGUCAAGGGAUAUGGGGAGAGGGCAGGAACGGGGUACUGAUUGUGUAUGAUCAGCCAUGAUCUCAGUGGAUGGCGGUGCUGGCUAGAAGGGCCAAAUGGUUUACUCCUGCACCUACUGUCUAUUAGGAAGAAGGUGCAGGAGCCUCAGGACUCACAUUACCAGGUUCAGGAACAGUAAUGACCUUCCAACCAUCAGGCUCUUGAAUCAACUUCACUUGCUCCAUCACCAAACUGUUCCCACAAAGUAUGGACUCAUUUCAAGGAUUCUUCAUCUCAUGUUCUCAACAUUUAUUGCUUAUUUAUUAAUUAUUAUUAUGAUUAUUAUUUUUUUUCCUUUCUUUUUUAUUCGUACAGUUUGUUGUUGUUUGCACACUAAUUGUCCUUCCUGAGUAUGCUGUCUUUCAUUGAUGGGGUUAUGGUUAUUGGAUUUAUUGAGUAUGCAUGCAAGAAAAUGAAUUUCAGGGUUGUAUCUAGUGAUGUAUAUGUUUAGUGGUUCAAUUUAAUAUCAGAGAAUGUAUACAGUGUACAACCUGAAAUUCUUUUUCUUCGCUGACAUCCAUGAAACAGAAGGAAAAAACCCUAAGUAUGAAUGACAGAAAAGGUUAGAACCCCAAAGCCCCUUCUAUCCCCUCCCACGCACAAGCAGUAGCAAAAGCAUCAACCUUCACCAUCCCACACUCCAGCAAAAGCUGGGAGGUGAUAGGUGGAAGAGGUAACGGGCUGAAGAGGAAGGAAUCUGACAGGGGAGGAAAGUGGACCAUGGGAGAAAGGGAAGCAGGAGGGUUACCAGAGGGAGGUGAUGGGCAGGUGAGGAGAAGAGAAGGGAGAGAGGGAGCCGAAAUGGGGAAUAGAAAGAGAGAAGAGGGAGAUGUGAGAAAUGACUGGAAUUUGGAGAAAUCAAUGUUCAUACUAUCAGAUUGGAAGCUAUCCAGACAGAAUAUGAGGUGUUGCUCCUGAACCUGAGAGUGGACUCAUUGUGGCAGUAGUGGGGUACAGAGUACAAACUGGUAAGUGAUAGGUGAGACGAGGUGAGUGGCUGAGGGAAAGGGGAUGAACUAAGAAGCUGGGAGGUGAUAGGUAGAAAAGGUAAAGGGCUCUAAAAAGAAAAAUCUAAUAGAGGACAAUGGACCAUGGGAGAAAGAGAAAGAGGAGGGGGGCCAGGAGGAUGUGAUAGAUAGGUGAGCAGAAGACAUGAGAGGCCAGAGUAAGGAAACAGAAGGAGGAGGAAGGUGGAGGGGAAAAGAAAAAAAGAAAAAUGUUACCGUUCCCAACCACUUGGCUUCACCUAUCACCAUCUACCUUGUCCUCCUUCCCCUUGCCAUACUUUUAUAUUCUGGCAUUUUCAGCCCAAAAUAUUGGCUACUUUUUAAAUUUCCAUGGGUGCUGCCUGACCUGAGUUUUUCCAGUAUUUUGUGUGUGUUGCUCUGGAUUUCCACAUCUGCCAAAUUUCUUGUUUUUACCUUUGUUUGUGCCUUUUUUCCACGAUUCAUGCAGAUGUCAGCAAAUAGGAUUCCUAAACCUUUAGAGUUUAUGAAACUCUAGUUGGCCCAUUAUAGAAGGAAUGUUGAGGCUUUGGAGACAGUGCAGAGGAGGUUUACCAGGAAGCUGCCUGGAUUAGAAGGCAUGUGUUAUAAUGAGAGGUUGGAUAAACUUGGGUUGUUUUCUCCAGAGAGCGGAGGGAGAGGGGAGAUCUGAUAGAAGUUUAUAACAUGAGAGGCAUAGAUAGGGUAAACAGACAGUAUCUUUUUCCCAGAGUUGGUAUGUCUAAUACCAGAGGGCAUGCAUUUAAGGUGAAAGGGGGUAAAAGGAGAUAUGAACAGUUUCAUAUUACAGAUAUCUCUGUUUCCAGUAAGAUGAAUUUUGAAGCAAACUAGUGAUCUUAUUGGAAAAAGUAACUGAUAAUUCUUUGCAUCUUCCUUCAAUACAGAACAGUAUAGCAUAGAAAGCAUAAAGUUGAGAUAAUAGGUGAUUUUUAACUUGCCACAUAUUGAUUGAAGCUCCCAUACUGUAAAAGGGCUAGAUGGUAUAGAGAUUGUCAACUGUGCUCAGGAAAGUUUCCUUAAUCGGUAUAUAGAGAGAGUAUGAUGCUAAAUUUCCUAUUAGAGAAUGAGACCGGUCAGGUGAGAGAAGUUUAUAUAGGGGAACACUUUGCAUCUAAUGAUCAUAAUGCCAUUAGUUUCAAGGUAAUUAUGGAAAAGGAUAGGUCUGGACCUUAGGUUGAGAUUCUAAAUUGAAGAAAGGCCAAUUUUGAUGAUAUCUAAAAGGAUCUGGCAAGUGUGGACUGGGGCAGGCUGUUUUCUGACAAUGGCGUGUUUGGUAUGUGGGACCCCUUCAAAAGUGAAAUUUUGAGAGUACUGAGUUUGCACAUUCUUAUCAGAAUAAAUGGCAAGGAUAACAGGUUUAGGAAAUGUUGAUUUUAAGAGCUAUUGUGGCCCUGGUUAAGAAAGGAGGUGUAGGCAGGUAGGAACAAAUGAGGUGCUUGAAAGAAUAAGAAAUGCAAGUGGACACUUAAGAAAGAAAUCAGGAGGGCUGAAGGAAUGCAUGAGCUUGCUCUAGCAGACAAGAUGAAGGAGAAUCCUAAGGUCCUUAAUGGAUAUAUUGAAAGUAAAAGUAUUGCAAGGGACAAAACUGGACCUUUGGAAGGUCAGAGUGGUUGUCUAUGCAUGGAGCCAAAAGAGAUGAGGAAGAUCUUAAAUGGAUUUUUUGCAUCUGUGUCUACUCUGGGGAUAGAUACAGAGUCUACAGAUGUGAGGCAAAGCAGCAGUGUGGUCAUGGACCCUAUACAGAAUACAGAGGAGGAGGUGUUCGCUGUCUGGAGACAAAUUAGGGUGGAUAAAUCCCAAGGGCCUGACAGUGUGUUCCCUCACACCCUGUGGGAGGCUAGUGUAGAAAUUGCAGGGGCCUGAGCAGAGAUAUUUAAAUCAUCCUUGGCGUCAAAUAAGGCGCCAGAGGAUUGGAGUAUAGCUAAUGUUGUUCUGCUGUUUAGGAAAUGCUGUAACAAUAUGCUAGGAUAUUCUGGUGAGCCUAAUAUCAGUAAUGGGAAAGUCAUUGGAAGGUAUUCUAAGGGACCAGAUAUAUAAAUAUUUGCACAGACAGAGACUAACUAGAAAUAAUCAACAUGGCCUAGUAUGUGGUAAGUAAGUCAUGUCCAACCAAUCUUAAGAGAGUUUUUUCAAGAAAGGUAUAUGAAAUGAUGAGAGGCAUUGAUCGUUUAGAUAGCCAGAGGCUUUUUCCCCAGGGCUGAAAUGGCCAACAUGAGAGGGCACAGUUUUAAGGUGCUUGGAAGUAGAUACAGAGGGGAUGUCAGAGGUGAGUUUUUUACACAGAGAGUGGUGAGUGCGUGGAAUGCACUGCCGGUGACGGCGGUGGAGGCGGAUACAAUAGGAUCUUUUAAGAGACUCUUAGAUAGGUACAUGGAGCCUAGAAAUGUAGAGGGAUAUGCAGUAGGGAAAUUCUAGGCAGUUUCUAGAGUAGGUUACAUGGCCGGCACAACAUUGUGGGCCAAAGGGCCUUAAAGUGCUGUAGAUUUUUAUGUUCUAUGUAUCAGGAAACUUCGAUCGUUCAAGUGCAAUUGUCAUUCAACCAUACAUGAAUGCCCAUGAAUACAGCCAAAUGAAACAGCAUUCCUCCGGGGCCAAGGUACAAAACAUAGUGGAUAUUGUUUGCAUGGACUUUAGUUAGGCAUCUGACAAGGUCCCGCUUGAGAGGUUGGUCAAGAAGAUUCAGUUGCUUUGCAUUCAAAAUGAAGUGGUAGAUUGGAUUAGACCGGCUUUGUGUGAGAAGCCAGUGAGUGGUAGUAGAUGUUUGCCUCUCUGACUGGAGGCCUGUGACUAGUGGUGAGCCACAGAGAUCAGCACUGGAUCCUUUGUUGUUUGUCAUCUAUAUCAAUGAUCUGGAUGAUAAUGUGGUUAACUGGAUCAGCAAACUUGCAGAUGACACAAAGAUUGGGGGUGUAGUGGACAGUGAGGAAGACUAUCAGAGCUUGCUGCGGGGUCUGAACCUGCUGGUGAAAUGGGCUUGAAAAAUGUCAAUGGAAUUUAAUGCAGGAAGUGCAAAAUUACAGCCGCGAAGUGGAGGAAAACUAAAAAGGACAGUAAACUGUAAUUCUAAGGUGCUCCCUAAAAUCUCCACACCACAGCGGCCACAUUCCAAAAUCGGAAUGAAAAAGACAGAGCUGAAACCUCAGAAACAGGAGAAUGGACCAUCUACUCCUGAAACUUCAGAGUUUGGUUUGAAUGUGUCUACCAUUAAAGUUGGAGAUGGACUUCAUCCCCGUCGGGGUCAGAUCAUUGACUUACGUGGCAUGAUUCAAGAUGCCAUUAAAGAUUCAUCCAAUGAAAUAGCAGUAAACAGUCUGAAUUACAACCAGGACCCAUCGGAGAGAUUAAUAAAGCCUUUGGGUGCCUUCAUUGGAGCAUCUGGUGAAAUGAGAGAUCUUGCUGUUGUUGUUAGCAGGGAUAUUUAUCUUCAUAAUCCAAAUGUGAGAUGGGAUGACAUAAUUGGGUUGGAGCCAGCCAAGCGACUCGUUAAAGAGGCUGUUGUGUACCCUAUUAAGUAUCCUCAGCUCUUCACUGGGAUUCUGUCCCCAUGGAAAGGACUGUUACUUUAUGGACCACCAGGUACCGGAAAAACUUUGCUGGCAAAGGCUGUGGCCACUGAAUGUAACACAACGUUCUUCAACAUUUCAGCUUCUACCAUUGUCAGCAAAUGGAGAGGUGACUCUGAGAAACUUGUCCGGGUGCUGUUUGAACUUGCUCGAUUUCAUGCUCCUUCCACCAUCUUCCUGGAUGAGCUGGAGUCAGUGAUGAGUCAACGUGGCAGUGUUCCAGGAGGAGAACAUGAAGGAAGCCGACGGAUGAAGACAGAACUCCUGGUGCAGAUGGAUGGCUUGGCUCGUUCCGAUGAUCUUGUCUUUGUUUUGGCAGCUUCUAACAUGCCUUGGGAGUUGGAUCAUGCAAUGUUACGGCGAUUGGAGAAACGAAUUUUGGUAGAUCUUCCAUCCAAAGAGGCACGACAGGCAAUGAUCCUGCACUGGCUGCCCCCACUGAGUAUCAGUGGGGUUGUAGAGCUUCGAACACAACUGGACUACAGCUUACUGGGACAAGAGACUGAAGGCUACUCUGGUUCUGAUCUCAAGUUGGUUUGCAAAGAGGCAGCGAUGCGACCUGUUAGGAAAAUCUUUGAAACAUUAGAAAAUCAUCAAACAGGAAAAAGCAGUCUGCCCACUUUUCAUCUGGAAACUAUCUCUACAAAUGAUGUGCUUGAUGUGAUCAUUCACACGAAGCCGUCUGCAAAGAGUCUCGGUCAGAAAUACACUGCCUGGCAACAUGAAUAUGAGUCAGUGUGAACUGAUGGAUACUGGAGCUGUUACCUAUGCUUGUCCACUCUCCCUCUCAGUGGAUUUGCUGUGGACAACUUUUGAAUGUUCCGUGUGAAAUUGCUGCCUUUCAAAAGCAUCCUGGCAUCUAAACAUUAAAUGUUUGUAAUUUCUGCCGUGCUGGAAAGCCAGUGGAUGUUCUCAAUCGACGAGGACUAACACUGAGAGAUCUGCAGUUAUAUUAGAGUCACCAAGAAUGAUAUACCUACCUGUUGAGCUCAGAGAGUUGACACCUUCUCCACUGUGAAGAAUAUUACAAACUGCAAGGAUACAUACAGCAGACAAAGAGAAAUAUUUGUUUGAGGAAGUUGUUAACUGAGAGAAGCUAGCAGGCCACCAGCAGCAAAUUUGAGGAAAACUAAUAAAUUGUGGAUUUA